UGUUUGAAAUGUUAACGGUCAUUUCAACUCCAUGCACAGAAAUAAAUUUUCUUGUCAGUUUCAUGAGUUAGUGACGCUCAAGUGCGGCUUUUAAUCAUUAUUUAAUAUAAAUAAUUCAAUCCACUAAUAUUUUUACCCUAUAAGACUCUAAACAAAGUACAAAAAGUAGAUUUUAAGUGAUUCAAGUGAGUAUAAACAAUCCAUUGACAUUAAAUCAUCAUUUACAUUAGUUGGACUACAUGACUACAGUUAAACAAACUCCAAAAAAUUCUUUAUUUAUUUAUACUAACGAUAAUUUGUUUUGAUAGAAUUAUUUAUUAGACAAUCUUUAGUAUUUAUUAAUUUUGAUAAAAAAAUUUAAAUAAUUAUAAUACUGAAUAUGUCGCACUUGAGAUAUCAAAAAGAAUUAAGUAACUUGACUAGAAUGGAUGAAGCUAUUAAAGGACCUAUGCCUCGUUGGCAGAAAAAAAGUUUAGAAUCUUCAAAUUUAAACUCCAAUAGUUCAAGAAAGCCAAUGAAUAAUAGCUCAGUAGCUAACAUCAGUGUUGGAAAAACUCCUACAAAAAGAACUGAAAUACGAACAAAAAAGACUCCAAAAAGUGCUAAAAAAUCUCCAAGCCGUGCAAAUGGAACAACACCUGCUAAAACUCCCAGUGGUGGAGAUAGAUUCAUUCCUUCUAGAACUACAACAAACUUUGAUUUAGCUUAUCAUAAGCUUCAACAACAUAAUUCUGAUCAAGAUGAUAAAAAUGAUUCCACAAGUCCUUCUAAGAAAGAAAUGCAAAGGCUAAUUGGGGAGAAUCUUGCUGGAGGGGAUUUUAGUAAUGUUAGAGUUCUAUCGUAUCAAAAUAAAGCACCAGCACCUCCUGAAGGGUAUCAAAAUCCUUUAAGAGUUGUUUACAGUCAAUCAAAAACACCAGCAAGUGUGAAAACUGCUACAAGAUACAUACCUCAAGCUCCAGACCGGAUAUUAGAUGCACCUGAAAUUGUUGAUGACUAUUAUUUGAAUUUAGUUGAUUGGUCAUCCAGCAAUGUUUUAGCGGUAGCUCUUGGAUCAACUGUUUACUUGUGGAAUGCUGCAAGUGGAACAAUUGAAGAAUUAUUUGAAUUAGAUGGCAACGACUAUGUUUGUUCAGUAGCAUGGAUUCAAGAAGGCCCUUAUCUAGCGGUAGGAACACCAACAGGUAACACCGAGCUCUGGGACUGCAGUCAAAUGAAACGAGUUAGGAUAAUGAAUGGACACGCUGCUCGUGUUGGAUCUCUAGCUUGGAAUGCUCAUAUUCUCAGCAGUGGAUGCAGAUCUGGUCAAAUCGUUCAUCACGAUGUCCGACAACGAGAUCAUUUGGUUUCUUGUAUUAAUGCUCAUGCUCAAGAAGUCUGCGGGCUUAAAUGGUCACCUGAUGGCAAGUAUCUUGCUAGUGGAGGUAAUGAUAACAUGCUACAAAUAUGGUCCGCUGUUGGAGGUCACAAUCAUGCCCAACGUCAACCAGUAUUUUCAUUUAAUCAACAUCAAGCUGCUGUGAAAGCUCUUGCAUGGUGUCCUUGGCAGUCAAAUAUUCUUGCCAGUGGUGGAGGAACUGCCGAUAGAACAAUUAAAUUUUGGAAUUGUAAUAAUGGUUCUUGCGUCAAUAGUAUUGAUACCAAAUCUCAAGUCUGUUCACUACUCUGGUCAACAACCUAUAAAGAAAUAGUAUCAGGUCAUGGAUAUGCACAGAAUCAGUUGAUAAUUUGGAAAUAUCCAUCAAUGAAUAAAGUAGCAGAAUUAACGGGUCACACAAGUCGUGUCUUACAUCUUGCUAUGUCGCCAGAUGGAACAACUGUACUCAGUGCUGGUGCUGAUGAGACUUUAAGACUAUGGAAAUGUUUCCAACCUGAUCCUCAUAAAAAGAAAGAACAUGUUGAAGUAAAGUCUGUCGCCUCUAAAUUAAAACAAUCGAUUCGAUAACAAACCGAUAUGAUAACUAGAAAAUUUAAAAUAAUUAUCAACAAAUUGACGAAACCUUUAUUUACUGCUCAUAAAUUUAAAUUAAUAUAAUUUAAAGUAAAUAAUUGUUGGUAGUAAUGUUAUUAUUUCGGACUGAAUAGAAAUUAAUAGAUUUGGCUUUCAAAUUUAUUUUUCUUUUAACAACGCAUAAA